CUUCACAGUUGUUCCCCAAUUUUAAUUUAACAAAAGAAACUUGCAUAAUCUUCUUAGUUCUUCCCCAGAUUCAUUUUCUGCGAGUGUUGAACACUCAUGCCAUUUUUCAGGAUUCUGUUUCGCCACUUUGCUGUAUUUUAAGUCAUGGCCACGUCAAAGAAAGUAAUUACUAGAGAUGAUUGGGAGAAAAGGCUGAAUGAUGUAAAGAUUAGAAAAGAAGAAACAAAUAGAUUGGUAAUGAAUUUUCUAGUUACAGAGGGUUAUGUAGAAGCUGCAGAGAAGUUCAAAACGGAAUCUGGGACGGAUCCUGAUAUAGAUCUUGCUACCAUCACGGACCGGAUGGCUAUAAAAAAGGCUGUGCAGUCUGGUAAUGUAGAGGAUGCAAUCGAGAAGGUUAAUGAUUUGAAUCCUGAGAUAUUAGAUACAAAUCCCCAACUCUUUUUCCAUCUCCAACAGCAAAGGCUGAUUGAAUUGAUAAGGAAUGGAAAGGUUGAAGAAGCUCUGGAGUUUGCUCAAGAGGAACUGGCUCCAAGGGGAGAAGAAAAUCAAACCUUCUUAGAAGAUUUGGAGAAGACUGUUGCAUUACUAGCUUUCGAAGAUGUAUCUAAAUGCCCGGUUGGAGAGCUUCUAGAUGUAUCGCAGCGCCUAAAGACCGCAAGCGAGAUAAAUGCGGCAAUUCUCACCAGUCAAAGUCAUGAAAAGGAUCCGAAGCUUCCAAGCCUAUUGAAGAUGAUGAUAUGGGCACAGGACCAGCUUGAUGAAAAAGCUUUUUACCCUCACAUAACCAAUCUGUCGACUGCAUCACUUGAAAAUCCCACUGUCUAAAAGAAGAUCCAAGUUCCCUUCACGGUUCACAUUGCAUCCCCGAAUAGAGCUAAGGCAAGAAGGUCUUGGACUCUUUUUCUUUAAACCACUUGUUGCUGGUUGAUUCAUUUUCAUUGAUUUAUGGUCUCUUAGGCAUACUUAGAUAGGCAGAGAGAUGUGCAGUUCAUUACUCGAUAUACACAGACCUAGUUGUACCUUCCUAUAUUAAUCAUGGCUACACGAUUACUGAAUCCAUUUGUGCUUUUCAUA